ACUGAACCUACGUCUAUCAAAGACUCAGAAUGAUUUUUUCACCAAUGUCUAUGAAAUCUCAAUUCACAUUAUUUUAGAUGUCAUCUUUUUCGAGGGGAGAUCGACUAAUUUGGCCCCUCAAUCACGUGUAUUGUUUUAUGGCAACCCCGAACGUGUAUAAACUCAACAUAUGUGACUCCGUUUUAGAAAGCUCAAGCAAUGCGGCACAUGAAGGAGGAUGUCAAGUUACUUGGACUCCAAAGGAAGCUGAAGCGUUAGGGCUUCGGAAGGCGGCCCAGUGGGCACUAGAGAUGGGGUGUCAUCAGGCAUUGUUCGAAACAGGUUCUUUGGUUGUUAUUUUAGUGGUUCAAGUGAAGUUCGUGACUCCUGUUUUGAUAUUAUAUUAGAUGAUAUUAUAUUUUUAUUGAGCCAAAAAUCUAAUUUUGAGGUAAGGCAUUGUAAGUGAGUAGUUAGUUUUAUAUUGAUCGGGUUAGAAUGUUUUAUACCUCU